GACAAUCGUCGGACAAUGUGGAGAGGCUCGGAAUGUGCCCGCAUCAAGGUGGUCGACCGCCAGACUACCGAGCUAGAGUUGUACGUCAACCGCUCGCGCGGCGACCAUGGCUUCUCUCUGUUGCCGGUGGAACUCGCGGACAACUACUAGCGGUGGAUGUCGCCGCCGGCGGAUCGACACAAGGCGACGCGGGCUCAGUCGGGGAAUCUUAGCGGGGCGGCCCUCAACCCCAUCAGCACCUUCAACGUCAGCGUCGCCGACGACUGCCACUUCAUCGAGGAGGGCUGGAGCGUCAUCGAUCCUGGACCGGACGGCAAUGGGACCACCACGCCGCUCGGCUGUGGCUGGCCCUCUUCUCGCCCUGCCGACACCAAUGCCCGCCUUCACUUGGUCAUCGAUGAGGAGGCCGGGAUCGUCGUGACUGGCACACUCUUUCCGGGCAAGGUCUAUCCUUACGGAAAGAUCUCCGCCUUCAUCCCGAACGAUAUUGCGCAGGCGCAAGAAGAGCAGGACGUCUGGCUGGCCAAGAAGCAGGCCCAGGGUGGAAUGUCGCUGCUGGUUCCCACCGCUGCCACCGGGGAAACCCUUCAGGUACUCCAGUACUAUAAUGGUAAGCUCCAGGGCCAGCAGGUCAUGCUCUACCUGAGCGGCCCGGACAUGGAAUCAGUCUGGACUAGCUGA